AUGGGCGAGGUGGCGUUCGAUGAGUCCGCAACGGUACUGGUCAUUAACGGCGUUGCAGUCUCAAGCGCGCUCGCUCUGACCACUUCAGACUCGGGAGCCGUCUAUGUUCUCAAGAGUGCACUAGAGCAGCUUGGUGUGCAACCCGCGGAGCACGCCGCUGUUGUAUGGAAGCUUUUGCACAGUUAUUCGCCGGCAGCGUUUCUACUCGAACUCCCGCAGGGUGCGUACACUGCGGCGCGUACCGUGAACGGAGGCAGAAGCAUUGUGUGCUAUGCUUUCCACGUUCAACGCUUGCAGCGAACGCUUGCAGCUUUGGUUCAGGACGCUGGCAGAGCACCGCUACAGCCCCUUUUAGAGGAUACAGAAGCCGCGAGCUGUCGGUUUUCCCUUUUUUCCACCAAGAAACUGAGGGAUAGUAUAAGAACUGCACUUCACCAGUGGGCCCUCGUCUAUCAGCGUAAACAGGGUGGAAACGGCGAGGCGGCAGAGGCUCUGAUUAUUAUCUACAUUCCAUGCGUCGAUGGAAAUAAAGUCUUUUCCGCGAGAACCAGCGAUUCCAAAGCGUGUUGUAACCUGCAUGAAACUGUACCCGUAUUCGUGCGCUGCUCUGAACUUGCUCCACCAACAGUAGAGCACGAAGUGGUAUCCAAGCACGCGGAGGUUGAGUUCCAUUUAGGAAUAGAACGGUCCAAUCCUAGCAUUAAGUACAGUGGCUGGGUUCGUGAUCGCAAGCGAUGCGAGGAACUUCGAGAACACGCCGACUCUAUUGAGCUUGUAAUUGUGCGGAGAGCAUCUACGUCGCUGAUCAUUCUUGAAGGCCUUGUGAGCAAUAUUUUUUUCAUUUACAAAGAGGGGUAUGUUGCUACUGCCGUGAAUGACGUACUACACGGUCACAUGCGGGAGCUAGUCCUUAGGGUCUGCGAAGCGCACAACGUUCCACUUCGACUCGAGAAACCUCCUCUAGUUGAGGAGCGUGCGCAAUGGUCUGAGGUUUUCCUCGUCUCCGCAACUCGAGUGAUUACUCCUGUGCACCGCGUGUGGGCCGGACGCUCGCUAGGAAUGUCAAAUGAGUUAUGGAGGAACGAAAACUCGCCCAGCAUGUUUCUGAAGCAGAUUCGAUCGUGGACAAUAGAGGAAAUGCAUCGAACGUCAACGGAUUUCCGCGACUUAUGA